AUGACGCCGCCGCCAGAAUUCUCACAACCCCCGAACAAGAACCUCAACAUCGCGGUGGUCGGCGGCGGCAUCGCCGGCCUGACGCUGACGUUGCAGCUCCUGCUCCAUCGGAUACCGACAACACUAUACGAACAGGCUCCCAAGUUCGGAGAGAUCGGGGCCGGCGUAUCCUUCGGCCCCAACGCCCUGCGUGCCAUGUCCCUUAUCUCGCCGCACGUCCGCCAAGCGUUCGAAAACCAGGCGACGUACAACCAGUCGGAGGACCACAAGGGUGUGUGGUUCGCGUUCAGGUUCGGCGAGUCGUGCGACGGCAAGCACAAGGAGGGCGACCUCAUCUACCGGUUGAAGUGCGACGGCGGACAGACCAGCAUCCACCGGGCUCACUUCCUCGACGAACUGGUCAAGUUGCUGCCCGACGGCGUGGCCAAGUUCGGCAAGCGGGCUGUGGACUAUGAGGACGACGGAAAGGGCGUGCUGCUCAAGUUCCAGGACGGCACGACUGCGAGACACGACGCGGUGAUUGCUUGUGAUGGAAUCAAGUCCAAGCUGCGGGGUGUGCUGCUGGGCGAGGAUAACCCGGCAGCCAAGCCUGUGUUCUCUGGAAAGUAUGCCUACCGAGGUCUCGUUCCGAUUGAACGGGCGGAGGAGUUACUUGGCGAGGAGCUGGCGAGGAAUAGUCAGAUGUACUUUGGAAGACACGGGCACAUUUUGACCUUUUCCGUGGCGAAGGGCAAAAUGAUGAAUGUGGUUGCAUUCCGUAGUAGAGACGACUGGGACUCAGAAGACUGGGUAGUACCAGUAAAGAAGGAGGAUAUGCUCGCGGACUUCGAGGGAUGGAGCGAACAAGCGCGCAAGAUCAUCCAGAUGAUGCAGAAGCCGGAUGUAUGGGCCCUCUUCGACCACCCGCCCAGCCACACAUACUACGAAGGACGUGUGUGUCUGCUGGGCGAUGCCGCUCACGCCUCAACGCCGCACAAAGGCUCGGGUGCCGGCAUGGCCAUCGAAGAUGCCUACGUCAUGGGCAACCUGCUGGGACUGAUCUCCGGACCAGAAGAGAUUGAGAGUGUGUUUUCUGUGUACAACAAGAUGAGGAAGGAGAGGUCGCAGAGGUUGGUUGCGGAUAGUCGCGAGCAAGGGCAGUUAUACGAGUUGGAGUUGGAUGAGGAUCCGGAGUGGAUCGCCAACAGCUUGUCAACUCGGAUGGAUUGGGUGUGGAAGUACGACCUGACUCAAGAGCUUGAAAAGGGGCGACGGUUGCUGGAGACCAAGGCGCAACUCUGA